AUGUCUGACACUGAGCUCAAGUCAGAUGUCAUCCAGGGUGCCAUCCUCGAAGCGAAGGCACACAUGACAUUCACUUCUGGCUAUCCGGAGUUAACCGAAAAGGCAUCCUUCUCACACCAAUCACUCCUCAAGGCAGCUCGUGACCAUGGUGCCUCAUCUGUCGAGAAGAAAAUUCAGGUUGAUGACGAGUAUGCUUCAGCUCUUGCAGGCCUGGUUGAAGCUAGAGUACCAUUGUUUCAUGGUGAUCUGAAGGACAAGGCUUGCAAUCAAGUCACUGCUUAUCUCUGCUUAGGAUCUAACUGUACCGCUUCUGCUUCUGCUCUCCUCGUCAACCACCACUACCACUACUUCAUGAAGUUUGAUGAUGAUGAUGUGCCAAAACCAGUGCAAAACAAGCCCUACCUGGGUGAUAUUAUGGUUCACCUCAUGAAGGGCCAUUAUUUCAAUGGAUCAAAGUCAGUUGGUGUCGUGUUUGUGAAAAGAUUUUCCAAUAUUUCCAAGAAUAAAGCCAAAAGGCCUGAGGUCACAAUUCCAAUGGUUGCUUUGACAGCCACUUCGGUGUAUGCAGCACUCUUCUGGAAGGCACACAGCGCUCCAGCCAAGUUUAACUUUACCAGAAAUCAAUUUAGCAAGGUCUAUUUCUUCCAUGUCAAAUUUCUGAAAGAUCUCAGCGCAAAAUCACCCAAGAAAUUCCACAAGUUGAUGGCUGAUAUCUUCGCUGCAAUACAGGAUCUCAUGCAGCACAAGAGUUCCGCCACUGAUGCGGAAGCUGAUGUGCUUGCAUUCCUUGACCUCAACAGGAUGGACAAGGACUAA